AUGGAAGUUUUGGGCAGUGGCUAUAUGUCACCUUGCAGCGAUUUCUCGCAGUCUUUCCAAUCUGUCCGACAAACGGCUUCUGAUACUUGCUCCCCCUACUCUAAUUUAAAUUGCAUCCAACAGAACAGCCCUGCUAAUCAAUUCAGUAGUCCCCAACUUGUGUCAGAGUCCCAGCGGAUAUCGCCGCUCUCCAACCCAUUUACAUCCUCAAACGGUGAAGCAUGCACUGAAGGAGGCACCGUUUUUUCUACAGUAAAGCAGGAGGGCCAUACGUGUGAUGUAUGCAACAAAGUGUUUUCUGAGGUAUCUAUGCCUUCUCAGCAAUUGCAUGUUUUCCUGUCUUGUGUCGCAUACCUUAUGCCGACCUGCUUCCGCCCACCGUCAACCCUCUGAAUUCCUUUUUGUCUUUAGCGGUCUCUUUUGCAAAAACACAAGGUCGCACAUGCCGACGCAAAACACAUUUGCCCUACAUGUGGUCGUGCCUUUGUUCGUGAAGAUAAACUUCGGCGGCAUAUCAGGUCAAUACACAGUGACGAACGGCCGUUUGUUUGUGAGGUGUGCUCAAAAGCUUUUGCCCGCAAGUAAGUGCACUUGACAGAAUAUGAACUUUGUUUUGGGCUUUUUAAGGAUAAUUCUGAUCUAGGAGUAGGUUUCCAUUCACAGAGUCAAUGGAAGUAUAUUUGCUUUUAUUCAAGUCGCAAAGUCUGGGGAGCAUUUACAUACUUCCUGGGCAUCCUGCAUCUAUCAAGGACAAAUUACGCCCACUGAAGAGCUAGUUACUGAAAUAACUGCAACCCUUGUGGCUGUCAUCCCGAUACUUAUCAGGAAAGCCCCCUUUCCUCGCACAGCUGGAGCACUGCCAGUUAGUCAGGUUACUAACCCGCAAGUCAAACGGGCUAACAAAUGUCUAGCCCUGGGCGACUAAAUGCCACCAGGGAGCCCUUUCCAAUAGCCCCACUCUUGCACUCGUUUCUAAAGUGCAGGCUAGCUAAUUUUACCUGCUGUCACCAAGGAAAAUGGAAGAAGAGCUUUCCAAAACGCAACGAUAACUGAUCAGAAGUUAUGCUUUUAGUGGCGAACUUGCACCUUUAGUUGCAUCUGUCUGUACCCGUUCAAAUUACUCAUCCAUUCUUGGUGCUAUUAACCGACAAGGCACAGAACUAUGGGGCCGGUGCAUAUUGUCUUUUUGGGAAUAUGCGUCUUGUUCAAGUUCAUAUCAGGAUAGACGUGCAUACCGUUUCACUUAAUGAAUUCAGUCAUAACCUGGUCUGCCACAUCUCAUUACCGAGCAUGACGUCGUUACCCGGAUAUAGGUAGAAUUAUAAGUGUUCUAGUAUGCUUUAUAAGCAUAUUUCAUACUUUUGCGGAGUGCAUAGUAUUCGAGUAUUUGCACGUGUUCUGGUACUGGAUAACCCAUAGCGCUACAAUCCCUGCAGUUUUUGCCGAUUCUUAUUUCUGUUAGUGCCAAUCGUUAGUGGGUUUUCUGGAUCUUCUUUAUUUUAGAGACAAGCUACAGGAACACGCGCGACAUCACAAUCGCGAUAUUACAUUUCCAUGUCCCGCUUGCAAUGAAGUCUUUCUCAUGCGUUCUCUGCUCAACCGCCAUUUGCGUCUAACUCACCAAAUGAAGAGUGCAGAUUCUCAAAACUCCACAAAGACCAGUCAGUCAACAAAUUCUGGUUAGUUGUCCCUUGCCAACUACGUGCGAGUUUAUUUUGACAGUACUAAAUACCAUACUUGUAAUUUUUGGACGAGGAGAUUGAUAUUGGACGCGAUGGCAAAGUGUGCUAAUACACCAAGCGUGUUCAACUUAAAAGAACGUCUUUUAAGAAUCUGUUGCGUGAAACGGGCUUUUGUUUAUAGCGGUUAAGGACGUCCUUCCUGCUUGUUCGUCCUUGUGCCUCAGUACUAGAAUUCUUGUCGUGUCGGAUAUAUUUUUUAGUUACACAUGCUUCCUGAGACACGCAGCCUGAGUUGAGGGGUGCGGAUCACAAUUUCAUGGGCAUUUAUGCCUUCGUCGUCUAGUUUAGGCCCCUUACCACGUGACUGCAAAUAGUCGUUCUUUUUUAACUGUUCCCAACUCUGUAGUGUCUCUUUCAGGCUCCUGCAAAACUACCCGUUGGGAAGCGAUUCUCCAUCAGCUGUAUAUUGUGCUUCGAGUCUUAGGGGCGAGGUAAGAUCCCGAAGGCCACAACGCGAAUUGCAGUGUCGCGAGUUAGAGUACUUUCCAGUAAAGAUUGGUAAUUUGUCACAUCCGUCCUGUCCCAUGUGAAAUUAAGUCUAGUUAUUUUCGCGCGCCCAUCAUAAGUAACUUCUGGUUGCGGGGACUUAUCAAACAUAAAGGUAGAAAACAAUCGUACAUCGUAUUGUUUUAACUUGACAAUGCUUUCGCUCCUGCCACCUUGUUUUUUUUUCAAGUGCAACUGUUCUAGGUACUAGUGCUUAACUCCCUAACUUUGUCUGCGACCUGUAGUCAGAGCAAGACGGUCGCGCACCAAAAGUCGGUACGAAACGACGUAGUAUUUCUGUCAUUUCGUUUGUUUUAGACACAACUACCCCAUCGUCUUCAUCGCGUAAGCGCUCUAAGCGACAGGCCAAUAACAAUGUCGGUUCCGCUGCUGUUUCCGAGGCCUCCAACAACACAGGGAAGGUAUCUGCUGCAGAGAAGUUGUCCUCAGACCUUUCCUAUUCAAGUCAACAACAGCAGCAACCGGAUCACGUCGGCUGGAAUGCAGCCAAUCUCCUUCUCUAUAAUCGCUACCAACAACAACAAGCCCAGCAGGCGCAAAUGGAGAUGCCCUGGGGUUCAUCCAGCGGCAACGCUGCUACAAGCGGCUACCUUUACAACCCCUCCCAGGCUGCUGCAGCAGCCGCCUACCAGUUCCCGUCACAGUAUGCUGCCGCUGCUAUGAUGCGCCAUGCUCGGCCAUCAGAGUCCCAACAACAACAACAACAAGCUCAACAGCAACAGCCAAGACAAGUACCUGAAUCCACUGGCACAACUCAACAGCAGUACUCGGCCUUUUCGGCAGCCAUGGCAGCACGCCUUUUUUCACCAAGCAACUAUGCUAACUGGUGGCAACAGGUAUCGUACUUUUACCUGAAGUCUACUCUCAUUUUCCUUUUAAGGCAUCUGAGGUGGCAUUCGUCAGAUGUUGCAUUUUGUUUUAUAAGAAAUAGGCGCAUAGAUUGAGAUUUUUGUAUCCCAUUGUUUUGGUGUAUGCGACGCCCUAAAGCAAACUAUUAGUAGGUUGCAUGUUGUAGAAGCCCACCCUCGGCAUGGACUUGCUACCAGGUCCAGCAGAUGGAAAAAGACUAUUGUAUAUGAAGCUUCAGUCUGAACAAUCCUAGGGACAGGUAGCGGGCAUCUGUUAACUAGUAGGUCCAAAAAUAUUGAUGUGCUUAAUACCAAAUUAUUUCGAGUACACUGCUUCUGCUGAUAGGCGGGGAUAGAACCCGAAUACCAGUCAAGGCAUACCCAGUGAUGAAGCGGAAGGAUGCUGUCUGUGGUGACUUACUCAGGCAUUUGGGGAACUCAGCCUGUUACUUCAUAAAUCUGAACUAUAUCGAUGCUGCUGCCGCGGUGGCUAACUGGAAAAAUUCCUGGAUUUAGACCGACAUGAAAGAGAUUCUGGGCCCGACAGUCUUCAGUUUUGGGUACGGGAUACUAACAAUGGUUGCUGAGACAGCAAUGCACCUGGCGUCCUAGUCUGCGUUGCCACGGGCUCUGAGCCCGGCUGAAGCAAUACUGGCCGUAGUCGUUGCUUAUCGGGAUAAGUGUCCAGGCCUAGAAAUAGGCACUUCAUUAACCAUCGAAGGCCAACUUGGUAGAAACUUUUGUGACAGUUUUCUCUAUCUCUUGAUCAUUGAGUUCCAACGAUCUCAUUGGAGCCUUUAAUAUACCGUCCCCAAACCAUGCCAGUCCAGAACACACUAUGCAAGCCAACAAUCCGGUUUUGACCACUGACCGCCGAGUAUUUAAGGCCAGAAGUUCCAGGGUGCUCUCACUAAUAAACCUUAAAAUCAUCCAUGCAUUUUGAGCAAUAGGGCUUGGAUAAGACUGCAUCACUUCUUGAACUUUCUGGCAACUGCCACUGAGGUAGAUAUUCUCAUUACCAAACCAGGAAUCUUGUUUGGUCAUACUUAAACCACGUUUAUUUUUACGGCCGAUCAUAAAUAACCCAUCCGACGUGUUAACCGCACCGCGAAUAACUACCUCUCAUUCAGCCACUUAACGGCAAACUUCUAGCGAAGUUAGCUCAUCCACACAAACAGUAGACUGUAAUGACAGGACUUUGUUCACAGUCACAUUUUGUCAUACCCUUAAGUUUCUUCAAAUGGCCCCUUGACGCCUUCAUCCGCAAAUCUUGUCCGUGGGUUCGAUGACGGGGGUUGGCACGACUCAAAUAAUCGUAAUAAACGAGCGGGGAGGGCGCAGUUGAUUGAUUAGGUUGCUGACCGACCUUGUAUUAACGAUCGGGGAAUUAAUUUAGUUAUUCGAACGCACGAACCAUGGGUGGAAUGCGUCGGGACUGCCAAUACUUCCCGCGCACACAGACCUUGAUUGAACUCAAUCCUAAGCUUUGUCUGUUGACUGACUCAAUGCCAACCCCAGAAGUUAGAUGAAGUCGAAAGUCUUGCAUUUGCCGCUGAUCAGAUUGUACUCUCAUUUUCGUUUGACCUAUGGGACUAAGUCUGUCUACUACCUACCUGCCCAUCUCACCUAAUCGAGUAACCUACAAUCGGCCCUUAUCCCCCUCAUCCUUUUCAUAAUGAUCACUUGGGAUCCUGACGUUUCAUUUUAAGUCUGUCCUAUUCCUGCUCAAUUCUCUCGGCUGCACCUCAACCUAUUUUAGCCAGUACACUGCUCAGCUUCGUCGUUAGCCGUCCGGCCUUCGGCGUCUUCAUGUUUGGCUGCACCACCUGCGUACUUUUCUGAGUAGGUGGGGACGUCACUUCGGCUGGGCUUUCUCAUGGCAUUGCCGGGAACCGACAGAGUGUCACCUCGAUCCAUUGUACGCGCUUUUCGAACUGCGAUGAGUCCGUGUUUGUGUACGGGCCUGUGCCACACGUUGUGCCUCCCAAACGGGCCACGUAGUAGAUGCGCUGGACCAAAACGGGGGCCAUAUCGGGUUCUGGCAGGCGUUAUCGGAAUGCGUUGCCGGCUGACGUCGCUUACAUUGGGACCCCCCGUUGUUGUUGUUGGCUAAAAUCCCGAUCAAGCGCUCUGUGGACCAGGGGGCGUGGAGCGGUACGCCUAAGUGUGCGUUCAGCCGCGCCAUCCGCCUACGCCCUCCCCCGUCUCCGGUCUUCUUGAUCGGUCUUGACACCGGCUCUAGGUGGGAGAGGAGAGAGUGCGGUAGAUGUAGCGCAAAUCUCAAGUCACCAUUUCCGUUUCACCUUGCUAUGGUGCACACGGUGGACAUAGUCGGCAACGACGGUCAUGCCACCUCAGCCAGUAGGCCUUAUCUCACACGCAGUAGACCGGAUUCGGACAGACAGCGGCGUAUUGCGGAAGGCAAGACUCUGUCAUGACACCGGACUCAGUGGAGCGAGUAUGGCAAAUGCAGUGCGAGUCUACUAUCACUACAAACUAAUUCACGCUCAAGUCACCAUCCCUGUUUCACCCGGCUAUGGAGCGCACGGUGGACAUCGUCAGCAACGACGGUAGAAUUAUCGCCACGCGUUAGACGGGGCCUUAUGUCACCGCAGUCAUCGUUAGACGGGGUCUCAUGCCACGUCAGUCAUUGCGCAGUAGACCGCACUCGGACAGACACUGGCGUAUUGCGGAAGGCAAGAGAGUGUAAGACUUACUUACUUUUACUUGUACUUGAUACGGCUGCGAUCAUGCCUGAUCUAGCCGGCCUCGAUGAUGUCCCGAAUUGUACCUCUCCACGCGUGACGAUCGGCGGCCGCAGAUCUAGACAGUUCAACCCAUUCCCUUCGCCAACGGCGGAGACCGAAUACCGAAGGUCCAAGAACCACCUCCAUGUCUUGACGGACAGUGUCGAGCCAGGUUUUGAACUGACCCCCUCUUCGACGCCUCCAAUUGGGCAACGGUGCCGGCUCGAGGGCAGUAACACUGAGCUCCUGAGGUGGACGACGAAGAACAUGCCCGAACCAUCUCAGUUGUCUUUCUUGGAUGGCCUGAGUUAUCCUCGCGAUGUUGUCGCAGCGAGCGCGGACUAUCUCAUUUGAGACGAAGUCGGUGAACUUCACUCGAAGGAUGAUCCUCAAGCAGUGGUGGUCAAAUACCUCCAGUUUUCGCUCAUCCGCCACACGCAAAGCCCAGCAUUCACAACCGUAGAGAAGGACAGACCGGACAGAUGCACGGUACACGCGAAUCUUAGUGGCGAUGGAGAGGUCACGUCGGUUCCACAGGCAUUUCCGAAGGUUUGAAAAAACCCAGCGGGCAGCAUCGAUUUGGGAGACAAUGUCGUCCUUACUCUGUCCAUUAGGCAGCAGCCGCGCCCCGAGGUAUUUAAAACUGUCCACUUCUUCAAGUUGACAGCAAUCAAUCCCCAGGGGUGCCUUCUCCUGGUCAGGAAUUCAGCUUGAGAAUACUUUGGUCUUCCCAGCGUUUAUGGACAUACCGACUGAUUUAGCGACCUCGUUCACUCGUGACACCACAGACUGCAGAUCACCAAAACUUGAAGCAAGUAAGGCGAUAUCAUCGGCAUAGUCGAGAUCAGUCAGUCGAUGUCCGGGUGCAAAUUCAACACCGUCACUGUCGCGUAGGGCCCUCCCGAGGAUCCAGUCAAUAGCGUAGUUGAACAGUAUGGGUGACAGUAAACAACCCUGUCGGACGCUAGACCGAAUACCGAACGGUUGGGAAAAAUUGUUACGGACCAGGACUCUCGCAGUAGUGGAACGAUAGUAGGCCUUGAUCAUGGCGAUGAUUUUGGCCGGUACACCAUCUAGCGCCAUUAUCCGCCACAGGGACUCACGGUGAACGGAAUCGAACGCGGCGGCAAAGUCAACGAAGCAGACGGCCGUCGGUUGUUGGUAGCUAUGGCGAAAUUCGAGAAUGCGCCUCAGUGUGAAUAUCUGAUCUGCGCAUCCACGUCCAGCACGAAAUCCGGCUUGGUUGGGCCUCGUCCUUGAGUCACGCACAGCCUGGAAUCGUCCGAGUAGGACAAUAGCGAAGAUCUUCGCAGCAACGUCGAUGAGACUUAUGCCGCGGUAGUUCUCGCAUCUCGUCUUAUCUCCCUUCUUGAGGGUAGGUACAAGGAUGCCUAAGCCCCAGUCAUCAGGAGAGAGUGUAAGACGCCUACCGAGGAACCCUUUCUCAUGGCCGUUUAGUACUUUCCUCCCUGUAAUAGGUUUGUUGCGCCUAGAGCUCAUGAGUCGGCAAUAGCCAUGACUUGAAACGUUGCCAGCUUACGGGUAAAAUCAGUCUUUAAUGUAAUGACCAUAAUGGCUAUUGCCUAAUAUGGCACUUAUAAGGCAUCUCACGUGCGACGUGGGUGUUAGACAGGAGGUCGUGCAAUAUCAGAUACUGUAUGCAACCGCAUUCCCAGUCUGUUUGGACAGACACUGUGGUGUGGUAUGACUACGCAAACGCGCUUUUAAUCCUCAUGAUGUGAUGCAGCGGCUUGGAAGGUUGAGAGCCGAUAAGUCGCUCCAACGCAAGACAGGAUGGGUCUGCAAAGACUCCUUUUUGACACGACUUCUAUGGCGGCCUCACGCCUGCGAGGUCCAAGAUCAUCCUUUGGUAUCUGCGGAGACUUUAUCAGCCACUAUGCCCGCACCUAUCUGUAGUUAUCUUGACACCAUUAUGCUAUGUAACGGAUGAUGUGCGAAUCUGCAUCACAAUAAAUAAAUUCACGUGCAAAAUUCAACCGCGUCCUCGUGACGAUGGUGGAUAUUGUUGCUUACGAUGGCUUGUAUAUUAACUAUUAGUGUGAAUCGUAGGUUAAUGAAGGGUAGCAACGGUGCUCCCAAAUCACCCCCAAGUUAGCCUCAAUAGUCCUCUCAAAUGUGUUCCGCCCUUUCAGUAAAGUUUUUUACCAGAUCGUCUGAAGGGAUUAUUCAACCGAAACCCUUUAUUUUAAUAGAUUCUGUUGCUUCCAUACUUUACCUCUUUCCCUUAUGAUUCCGAUUUUUUGUCCUAACAUUUUAACCGUUCGGGUUAUGGUGUUAUUUGGGGGUUACGUCGUCUUUUUUGUUGGUCUGACUCCAUUGACAAGAAACCUGUAGAGUCCCUACUUUGUUGUCCUAGCGACCUAUGCACUUUGCUUUUACGCGGUCUUCUGGUGUAGUCAAAGUUUGUUAUUUGCAGGCUGGGCCAAAUUUCAUGUUCCCGCAAACGCAACUAUCCCGUGCGGCCGGCACAGCUGCAACUGCUACUAAUGCUGCUUGCUAUUCGGGUGAGACUCAGUCGGCGAUGACAGCAGUAACGACUGCGACAACUACUCCAGCAUCCGGCUUUCCUUCAUCGUCCUCCUCUUCCUCCGCGUCAUACUCUGCUGCCGCCGCCGCCGCCUCUGGCAGUCAAGCUCUCGCCUUUCAGCCUCCAAACUUCUCAUCUGUGCCUACCACCGCCAAUAGCAGUGCUCCCGCCUCGCUGGUUGAACUCUCCUCAGUUUCCGCGGGUUACAAUAUGCCCUCGGUGGACGUGCGCCCAGGCAUGCUGGCUUCACUGCCAUCCUUUGCACAGGCCGUCUACUACCGUGCCGCCUCAUUGGCUGCCUCGCAGGGCGCCUCUUCCCAGGCCCAAAGCGGCCAACAUCUACACCAGCAAACACAACAGCAGCAUCCAGCGUCUGCCUUUGCGCCGCCCGCUGCCUACCCACCCUAG